CUGAAACGGCUGUAGAGCUUCAUUCAGCAUCAGCACAACGAAGCCAACACACGCGCGCACGCACACACUCAACACUGCCGAACGCACACGCACGUACACGCGAGCGCAGUGAUCAGCGAUGAACUGAGCCAAACUCGGACAGUGACUGGAGAGAAAUUAUCCCGGGAGAAAAGUUGGGAGUGAGGAGGGAAAACGCCUCGGUCCCGAUGCUGUGAACGCGCUCCGGAUCCGCGGAGAGACUGAAAGCUGGCGCUUCACUUUCCUCUCAGCCGCGCGCUGGAGAGGCUCUGAGAGUUGACUGGUCCAGCGCGAAGAGCUCUGAGCUUUGAGGACUUUUUCCAAACAGGAGGGACGCUUUGGGAAAGAUGCUGGCGUUUGCCAUCGCGCUGUGCCUUUGGGGAGCAGUGGCUGAAGCAGCCUACUUUUCCCAGCAGCCCCUGGACAAGGUAGUGGUGGCUGGUCAGUCAGUGACGCUGCCCUGUGUCAUCGUGGGAUAUCGAGGCAUGGUCCAGUGGACCAAAGAUGGGCUGGCACUUGGUGGAGAAAGAGAUCUUCCAGGCUGGGCACGUUACUCUCUACUGGGCGACCCGGCAUCAGGAGAGCACAGCUUGGUGAUCGAAUCAGCGGAGCUGGGGGACGACGCGGUCUACGAGUGUCAGGCCACGCAAGCGGGUCUGCGCUCACACCGGGCCAAGCUCACCGUUCUGGUGCCGCCGUCGGACCCCAUUGUCGAGGGAGGCCCCGUGGUGCGGUUGAAGGCCCACACGCCCCAUAACCUGACUUGCCGAGCGUCUGGAGCCAAGCCUGCUGCAGAAAUCACCUGGUACCGGGACGGAGAGGUCAUGCACUCUGCCAUCUAUUCCAAGUCUCUGAUGGAGGACGGGAAGAGAGAGACAGCAGUCAGUUUGUUACCGAUGGUGCCUGAGGACCGCGACUCUGGACGGACCUACACCUGCAGAGUCCUUAAUCCGGCCGCACCCGCCGGACGGCAAACCUCCGUCACCAUCAACGUCCAACAUCCACCCUCGGUGACUCUGUCCGUCCAGCCCCAGACUGUGAUGGAGGGAGCUAAAGUGUUAUUCAUCUGCUCCGCCUCAGCCAACCCAGAGAUCACUGGCUACAGGUGGUCCAAAGGUGGCAUCCCCAUCUCCGAGGCUAAUGGGGACAGUCUGGAGGUGACUGUUGAUCACUCCUACUUCACUGACCCUGUAUCCUGCGAGGUGUCCAACUCUGUGGGCAGCACCAAUGUCAGCACACUGGUGGACGUACAGUUUGGGCCCAGGUUGCUAUCCGAGCCCAAACCCCUGACAGUGGACACCGGUAUGGAUGCUGCAUUCACCUGCGCCUGGACUGGAAACCCCCCUCUAACUCUGGCCUGGACUAAACAAGGAUCUAGUGUGGUUCUCAGCAAUGGCAACACACUCCAGCUAAAGGCAGUUACGCAGGAAGACGCUGGGACGUACACCUGCAAAGCCAUCGUACCCAGGAUUGGUGUUGCCGAAAGAGAUGUCACCCUCACUGUCAAUGGUCCCCCCAUCAUUACGGCUGAUGCCACUCAGCAGGCAGUAAAACAUUCGAAAGGGAAGCUCGAGUGUUUGGUGGGGAGCAGCCCCCCACCGGACAAGAUCAUGUGGACAUUCGGGGACAUGAAUUUGUCAUCCGGCUCUUCUGGACGUUUCUCCGUUCAGACGGUCAACAGCGACCGUGGCGUGGUGUCUUCGCUCAUCCUGUCCGAGACACUGGCUCAGGACUUCCAAAUGCGAUACAACUGCACGGCCUGGAACCGCUUUGGAACUGGCACAGUGCUGGUCACCCUCAAAGAGCAAGAGGUUCUCCCCAUGCUGAUCAUCAUCGGUGCUUCAGUUGGAGGCGGCUGCGUCUUCAUCGUCGUCAUCACCCUGGUGUCUGUCUGCUGCCGCCACACAGCCAAAGGUAAAAAAGGGACACGUCUGUCCAAGAGCGACAUCCGUGUGCAAAUCGUGCACAGUGACCACAAUGCUGCCCGUGGAAACGAUGAUGAGGAGGACGUGAAGGAGCCGAUGGCUCCCAACAGCAGUGAGUCUCCAGGGACGUCCCGCACCGAGCACAGUGAUCUACUAGAGGAGGAAGAUGAUGAGAGAUCAGAUAUCAAGGACCCUACUAAUGGCUACUACAACGUUAGAGGCCAUGAGGACCGCCACAUCACCCGCACUGGCUUCUCCGAGUACGUCCCCAACUCUAGGCCGGUUUACACACCAUCCCAGCUGCCCUCCCCGAGUCCACUGUAUGGCCAGCAGGCCAAUGCGCAGACCCGCAUCUACGACUUCUCCAACCGAUACGCCACUACUCCAGGAACACGCAGCACCUACGAGCAACAACCACAGCAGCAAACACAACAACAGCAAGCUACACCCACCAUUUACCCACAAGAACCCAUGUAUUCAGGCUCCGGCUACCUUCCGUCCACCUAUGGCCGUGCCUUCACCAGCUAUGUCAAACCAGCCUCCUACGAGAAGGUGGAUGGCUAUGAGAACUCAGACGAGGCCAGCAAAGUCUCCAGCUCGUCCCGCUUCUCCUAUGCAUCCUCGCAGGUUUCCUCACAGCAGUCCGACUAUGGACGCCCAUCCCAGCAGCGCAUGCAGACUCACGUGUGAACAAAGUACUGGAAAAGGAGACUUACCCAUGGCAUGGCACGCUCAACCAGAGAAGGCUCUGGAAUUAGAAUUGGAAUUGGCUUGGAAUUCUCUCUCCUCCAAACUCUUUUUCAGAAAGAAAGAUUGGGUCGAUUUGAAUUGGGCAGUGAGGUCAAAAGCUGUCCCUUGGGUUUUUGUCACUUCUAACCUGAAUGUGGAUGUUGAAGGAAACUUUCUGAGAAAGUUUAGCUCUGUUGUGUUGUUCCGUCACCUCUUGACUGCAUAAGCUAAUUUAAUUGUGUUUAGCCUUGUCUACUAGCUAAACUUACGGUGAAAACAAAUUCCGUCCUUUGUGUUUCACUCGACUUGUUGCAUUUACGUAAGGAGACACAUAAGAAUGCUACAAGCAAUCCCUCUUCUGAAUCUCAGAAGGGGUUGAUGGUGUGAUGGAACUAAUGAAAUGAACUGUUCACAGGAAAAUGUGAAACUAACCUUUGUAAAUGAGAACUUUGUGACAUUACGCUGGACCACAAUCAAAAAAGAAAAAGAAAAAAAGACAAAAAAGAGAACAGACUUACAAUUUGCAACUUAAAUAAUCCAAAAAAAUGGGCAAAAAUGUCUUACUUGAUGGCAUGCUGAAGGAAAUGUAAGCACAUUUGUGUGUCCAUGACAUAAGGACUUCCCUCCAACAAAGGAAUUCAAGGAUAAACAGACCAGACAAGAAAGAACUAAUGGUAGUUCGGGGUCUUUUUUUCAGAAGCCUUCCGUCUGCUGUUUGUGUCAUGUUUGUGCUCUUGUGGGGCUAUUUUUGAAAAAUACAAUGAACUUGCCGGAUCAGCAGGAUAAACGGCAAUCCGAAUGCAGUGAAUAAAGGCUAUGCGUGCAGCACUUUGGGUACAUUUCUGUCACUUCGGUGGAACAAAGAGAUUAACCUCAAAUGAAGAUGCAACCCAGACAACGAAAGAAGCGCCAUUUUGUAACCAUCGCCCAAAAACGGAGCUGCCCGUAUGAAAAUGGAGCAUAUUGCAAUGUGUUGUGAGUAUAUUCCAAAAUUGUAUAUAGACUAUAUUGGAAUGUACUUUCAAUGUAUUACCUUUUUGUAUGGGUGGGUUUGGGGUUCCUGCACAAGCUGGAAUUAUUGACUUCAAAGGUGCCUCUGCUGAGCCUAGUUGGUUGGUGGCAAUCUGCGCUCUUAAAGACAAGGUGCCAUGAAGGGUUCUUUGUGCUAAGCAGUAUGAAAAGAGACUUGUGAGUUUGCGGGACCUUUUAAAGACUUAAUGUAAGGGUUCUAUACCAAUUUAAUGGUUCUUCCUAGAAACUUUACAAUAUGUGGAGGUUCUUCACACUCACUGCAAAACAUGAAAUCUUGUCAAGUGAAACGAUCUUAAAUCUAGUCAAUAUAACCAAUAUUUCCAAUUUUGAGAUUGAUGUACACUUAUUAUAAGAUUAGCUAUCUUAUUUAUAGACAUUGUUUAUGUGUUUUGGUUAAUUUUAUCAAGUAAAAUUAUCUCACUAUAAUCACUGACAGAUAAUUUUACUGGUUUCACAUUUCUUAAAACAAGCCCAAUUUAUUGCCAAUGUAGUGAGAUAAUUUUACUUAAUAAAAUAACUUAAAGCAAGUAAGAUGUGUCUAGAAAUAAGUUAAAUAAUCUUAAAAUAAGCUUACAGCAAUCUGAACAGGAGAAAUACUUGAUUUACUGAGUAUAUUUAGGAUCAUUUUACAUGACAAGAUAUUAUUUUUUGUUCAUGCUUUCAUUAAAAGGUAUUUUAGUGAACCAAAAGUGGCUCUUUUAUGUUCGGGAGGUCCAGGACUGGAAGAAUCCAGAUCUAAGGCAUAGUGCAAUGGACCCUUUCUGGCACCUUUAAAUUUAACAGUGUGACACAAACACAAAGCCUUGAGACAGUUUAGAACCUACUGUGUUUUUUAUGGAAAGUGAAGCAUGGGCUAAGUUAAGACCUUACAGACUUUGAUGACACAAUCAAGUAUCUCCAAGAUGUUUACAGAUUUAAAAAAAAGAAGAAGUGAAUUACAAAGCUACAGAUAAACGAGUGUAUAAAUCCGGGGAAACCCCUCUUCCUCCUGUCUGUUGCAUGCAGAUGUGUCUAUGUGAACGUACUUGAGCAUUUCUUUCUGUGUCCAUUCCCUGUGUGAGACAUUGCUUUACCGCACCCUACACGAUUUGGACCGUGGCAAUCCACACGUCUGGGUUUUCUCCCGUACUGCCAUUUUUUCUUCAGGCCUGAGUGGUUGGCUCUAUUGGGGAAAAGAAAAAAGAAAAAAAAAAGAGAACAAAUUUCACAAAGUGAACUGUGUCGAAAAACACAACAUUGCUUGUCUUUAUUUUUAUACUUUAUAUAAGC